GGCGCUGGGCGCUGUGUUAGAAGAGUGGAGCUGGGCGCCGGGAACCCCGCCGCGCCCCGUCCCGUCGUGCUCGCUGCGGCCGUCGCUUCGCAGCCUCCAGCCGGUUGUAUGGUCCAGGCCUCCAUGAAGAGCCCAAACAUGGAGACGUUCAAGCAGCAGAAGGUGGAGGACUUUUAUGACAUCGGAGAGGAGCUGGGGAGUGGCCAGUUUGCCAUUGUGAAGAAGUGCCGGGAGAAGAGCACAGGACUGGAGUAUGCAGCCAAGUUCAUCAAGAAGCGACAGAGCCGGGCCAGCCGGCGGGGUGUGUGCCGGGAAGAGAUCCAGCGGGAGGUGAGCAUCCUGCGGCAGGUGCUGCACCCCAACAUCAUCACGCUGCACGACGUCUACGAGAACCGCACCGAUGUGGUGCUCAUCCUCGAGCUAGUGUCUGGUGGAGAGCUGUUUGAUUUCCUGGCCCAGAAGGAGUCGCUGAGUGAGGAGGAAGCCACCAGCUUCAUUAAGCAGAUCCUGGAUGGGGUGAACUACCUUCAUACAAAGAAAAUUGCUCACUUUGAUCUUAAGCCAGAAAACAUUAUGUUAUUAGACAAGAAUAUUCCCAUUCCACACAUCAAGCUGAUUGAUUUUGGCCUGGCUCACGAAAUAGAAGAUGGAGUUGAAUUUAAGAACAUUUUUGGGACGCCAGAAUUUGUUGCUCCAGAAAUCGUGAACUAUGAGCCCCUGGGGCUCGAGGCUGAUAUGUGGAGCAUCGGUGUCAUCACCUAUAUCCUCCUCAGUGGAGCAUCCCCUUUUCUGGGAGAAACAAAGCAGGAAACACUGGCAAAUAUCACAGCAGUGAGUUAUGACUUUGAUGAGGAAUUCUUCAGCCAGACUAGCGAAUUGGCCAAGGACUUCAUUCGGAAGCUUCUGGUUAAAGAGACCCGGAAACGGCUCACCAUCCAAGAGGCUCUCAGGCAUCCCUGGAUCACGCCGGUGGACAACCAGCAAGCCAUGGUGCGCAGGGAGUCCCUGGUCAACCUGGAGAACUUCAAGAAGCAGUAUGUCCGCAGGAGGUGGAAGCUGUCCUUCAGCAUCGUGUCCUUGUGCAAUCACCUCACUCGCUCCCUGAUGAAGAAGGUGCACCUGAGGCCAAAUGAGGACCUGAGGAAUUGUGAGAGUGACACUGAGGAGGACAUCGCCAAGAGGAAAGCCCUCCACCCUCGGAGGAGGAGCAGUACCUCCUAACUUGGCUGGACUUGCAGUGGCUGCCAGGGAGGUCCAGGCCCAGCGGGGCUCCCUUCUGUGCAGACUCUUGGACCCAGCUCAUCACCAGCAGCCAGGCGUUCCACAUUCCUGAGCACUUUGCAAGAGAGGGGCCUGCAGGAUUCAGAAAAAUUUGCAGGGGAGCCAGGAGACCCUGGGAGUUCUGGCUCUCUCCCGUGGAGGAGGCUCCAGCACUUCCAAAGCUCUUAAUUCUUCAUGAAACUGGCUUUUAUCUGUCUGCCAAUCUCAGAACCUGGGCAGGGGAGUGGACUUCAGGAAAUGAUGUAAAACAUCAUCUUCAUCCCGGCAUGAAGGUCAGACCCAGGCAGCUCUCCUCACAGGGUGAGGGAGUUCAGAAUCAGCCUGGUCAGAAUUCACACCAGGAAGACAGAGACCUACCACUAAGGGAACAGUGAAGAGAAUCUUGGAAUAUGAGGGACCAAUCUGUGACCUCCUAGAACCCACUGGAAUCAGCAUACCAGAGUGACCAACAUACUAGAUCUUCUAGAACAGCCAUUGUCAGGCCACUGUGCUGUAAUAUUUUUCAUUUUUAUUAAACUUUUGGUUUAUCUGAGGCUUGGCUUCUUUUAGGGCUAUCUUCUUCUGAUUUCCUGUAGCCCAAGGGCCUACGACUUGGAAGUGCUGAGGGGACAGAACCUCAGAAGGUGAUUCUAAAUUGUCCCCUCCUGCCUUCAGGGUGUCUGCCUUCUGCAUCCUUCUCUAAAGGUCUCCAACCCUGACGCCAGCAUAAAAGGCCUGAGCUCCCCACACCACCCUGUACCACUCCUGCUGCUGUGGGCUAAUCAUGUCCCCCCCAAAUUCAUAUGUUGAAAUCCUAACCCUUCCCACCACAGAAUAUCAGUAUAAUUGGAGACAGGGUCUUUAAACAGUAAUUAAAAUGAAAUGAGUUCACUGAGGUGGACCCAGAUUCUCUAUGACUGGUCUUAUAAGAAGAGAUUAGUUGGACACAGUGCCACACGCCUGUAAUGCCCCCAGCUCUGAGUCAAAAGGAUCGCAAGUUCAAAACCCAUCCUCAGCAACAGUGAGGCACUAAGCAACUCAGUGAGACCCUGUC